AUGGCUUUAAGAAGAUUUUUUGCUAGGAGAGGUCGAGUUAAUAUAAUCUACACUGAUAACGGCACCAACUUCGUUGGUACAAGUAAUGCCUUGAAAAAUCUAGAUUGGGAGAAUAUCAUGUCGUUUUCCACUAUCAAGAAAAUUAAAUGGAAUUUCAACCCUCCAACUGCUGAAUGGUGGGGUGGAUGGUGGGAGCGGAUGAUUCUCAUGCUAAAAGAAAUGCUAAGGAGAAUUUUGGGCCGAAAGAGUAUUGAUUAUGAAGAAUUGGAAACUCUUAUAUGUGACUGUGAAGCUACAAUAAAUUCCAGGCCUCUCACAUAUAUUGAAGAUAAUUCAGAGGGUCUAAGGCCAUUGACACCUGCUUGUUUCUUGCAAGGCAUUCCUAGUAGUGAUACAACUGAUUUAGACGAAAUGGACAGUAAAAGCCUAAAUAGAAGAUUACGUUUUAUUCAAAAACUACGGCAUGAUUUAAGAACGAUAUUUCACAACGAAUACUUAGCAAUGUUAGUGCAUAAAGGUCGUCACACCCGAGAUGAAUCUUUGAAUGUUGGAGACAUAAUUCUCCUUGAAACUGAUGGAAAACGCCUUCACUGGCCCUUAGGAAUUGUAACUGAAGUCCUCCCUGGAGCAGAUGGACAUUCAAGAGCCGCCAGAGUAAGAACAGCUCAAGGGGAAAAAUUAAGACCAUUCCAGAGACUUUAUUCCUUGGAAAUCAGAAGUUCUGAAAAAUUACCAUUCAUUUCUCAGCAAAAGAAUAAAGACACAAACACUCAACUUCCUGCAACUCCAGCUGUUUCAGAUCAAGAUUCCAGUGAAGAUGAUGAUUAUAUAACCAAAGUAACUCCUGAUGUUGUCACUAAAGCUGGACGGCGUAUUAAAAUUCCCAAAAGACUCGAUUUAUAA